ACUCCAUACUCUAUAUCAGCAACACCACCAACGUCAUUCCAAUAAAAGCAUCUAGGACUCCAUGAUCCAAGUGCGCGGGACAAUAUCUUCCCUCUUCUACCUAUCAUAAGGAUACUUAUUUGCACCGUUACCCUCCAACUCCUUGUCGUAUCGGAAGCAAAGCCGCCAAUUGAACCAUGACAUUGACGGCUCUAUAAGAUCCAUUCCGCAACUGCACUCCAAGCAAUGUCACGAUGGGUGCUUCCGACUCCAAGUUGACAUUCAAGCAAGGCAUAUUCAAGCUUUCCGAGCAACGGAAUAUCCCCGCUGACGAUCCCUACUGGCGUGGAUUUUGGGAGCUCCCCGAGUCUGCUGAGGAUGUGUUCUCCUUAUUUUCUCCCAUCGAUGUCCGGAGGACAAGAGACACGUUCCUGGAGAACCUGGAAACCCUCCUCCUCGCCGUAACCUCCAGACUCGUCGUGUUACGCAAUCACCCGUCUUUUCCGAACGACGACCUGGCACCGGAGCGCGAUGCGCUGAAUUGCAUCCGGGUCCUGACGCGGAUCCUCCCAUAUAUUUACGAGGCACCCCAUCUUGACGAUUGGGAGGCGAAGUUCUUUUGGGGGGCGCGAAGGAAGCGCACGCGGAAAAGCCAGCUAUCAUCACGGUCUGAGGUACUGUUCGACGGGACCGAUGCCUCCGCGGACGAGCCACCCGAGCCAGAACCUGAGUUUGAAGAUGCAAAACCGCUUGCGGAAGAGCUGAUUGACACGCUCAUCGACCUGCUGUUCUACUCCGAAUUCACGAUCGGCAAGUCUCCGCCGGGGAAACAACGGGUUUCGUACGCCAUCUGGCAAAGCGGAGUGGGCUGCAACACCCCGGUCAUCUCGACGAAGGAAUUCGAAAGCAAUCGUACCGAGAUCAUGCGUCUCCUGCUCGUCCUGACAGGCAAGUCAAUGUACAUGAAUUCGACCGUGCUGUCCCAGCAAGGGGUCAAGGCCAUCAGCUACAUCACAACAUGCCCGGACAAGCAGAUCGUGCUUUCGGUGCUCUGUUCUAUGCUGAACACGACGUUGAAAUACAACCCGGCCACAUGGCGCGUGCCAUACGAUCAUGUUGUAUUCAAGGACAGUAAGCAACUUCUCGUUGCCUAUUGUCUCCAGCUACUUCUGGUUCUCGCUGUAUACCCAGUCCCAGAGACAGGCAAUGGCCCGCCGCCGAAGAACUUCUACCGUCACUUUCUCGGUCGCCUCCAUCGACCCCAGGACUUCCAAUUCCUGGUCGAUGGGAUGAUGAGGAUAUUGAACCAGCCGCUACAGGCAACUUCAUCCUAUUUGCCCGGAAGUCAGAAAUCGAUAACGUGGGCGCCGGAGAUGGUCAUGUUGUUCUGGGAAACACUACAGUGCAACAAACGCUUCCGGUCCUUCCUCAUCGAUACCGAUCGCGCUCAUGACUUCGUGAUCUUGAUGCUCUUUUACAUCAUGAAUAACCGGAACGACCCCUCCGCUCAAGGAGUCUUGAAGAUGUGCGUCUUCAUCCUGCAAACCCUGAGCACCGAACCAAAUUUCGGGAAGGGAUUGAAUAAGGUUUUCGAGGGGCAAGAUACACUUCCUCAAACGAUUCGGAUUCCUAACUUUCACGGUUCUUAUGCGGAUUACCUCAUUACAAUGGUCCAUGCUCUCAUCACGACGAGCAAGGGAAAACUAGACACGCUAUAUUCCCCGUUACUCGCGGUCAUCAACAAUAUUGCGCCAUAUCUAGAAAACCUAGGGCGAGCGCCAUCCUCCAAGUUGUUGCAGCUGUAUGCAUCCAUGUCUGCACCCAGCUUCCUACUUGCAAAUGAAACGAAUCAUGUUCUGCUUCAUUCUCUACUAGAGGCGAUGAACGCCAUCAUCGAACACAAAUACGAAGCAAAUCCCAACUUCGUUUACGCCGUCUACCGCUCGAAACGCAAAUUUGAAGCCUUGCGAGCUUUCACUCUCGAGAGCGGAAGAGAGGAGAUCGAGAAGCAGAAUAGGUUGAAGAAAGAACGGGCCGCCUCCGCACAAGAUCCACGAAGUCCCGUCGAUAGCGCCCCCAACUCGGCCAUUCCUACUAGCCCCACCACCAGCGACCCGGCCGAAGCGCACUCCGCGUUCGCGAUCGGCGAUGACGAGGAUGAAGAGGGAAGUUAUUCUCCGACACUCGUCAAUCCUUCCAAUAUCCAGUCCGCCACCAGCUCUCGUGCCGGCUCGGUCAGCUCGCCCGCCGACACAACCUUUCCACUGCAGCUGCGCGGGAUGUCCGAGAAAGCUCGCGGCAAGCGUCCGGCUGGACAACCUGCUUUUUCGCGGCAGAGCAGCACGACCAGUCUUCUAAGCGCGGUGAAUACAGGUUCCUUCUCCGGUUCUGGAACGUUUCAGCCAACGGUCGAAUGGAUCGAACAAUGGCUCCCCCAACUACCCCUCCACACCAUCCUCACCCUUAUCUCCCAACUCUCCCCCCACCUCCCCUCCGACCCCUCCCGUGACAUCCCCACCACCCUUAUCGCCAUCCGCCGCGCCGAAAUCCACGGCAUCGACCCCUCCCCCCCCCGCGUCCACUCCUUCGAAUGGUCCUCCCUCUCCCUUGGCUGGUAUCAGUCCCUCCUCUGGGGCUUCGUCUUCACCUCCGAGCUCACCGUCUCGAAGGGGCCCGCCGGCGUCUGGAACGGCACCGGCAUCCGACUUUUCCGCGUGCAGGAGACGGCCGCGCAGACGCCGUCGUUACUGGCGCCGAGGGGCGCAGUGGAUGCGGUGGGGAGUAACUUGGUGAGUAUGGUGGGGAAUUUGAACUUGCGGGGCGGAGCGCCACAGUUGGGGCAGGGUGGGCGGACGGGGAGUGGGGGUGGGAGCGGGGGGAAUGGUUCGCCGAUGACGGUGAGGGAUGUGUGA